AUGUCUAAACUCCCUAUUCUUAUAUACUAUAAACUUUCUUUCGGUACUUUGUCAGGCACACUUUCUUUUUUUCUGUCUUUCUUUCUUUCUUUCUUUCUUUCUUUCUUUCUUUCUUUCUUUCUUUCUUUUCCAAACCUCCUUCUCUCCAAUCUUUUGCUAGCACUAUCUAUAUGCUUUGCAAAUAUGCUGCUUAUAUUUCUUUCUUUCUCUUUUUCAUUUCUUUCUGUCAUUGUCUUAUUUGUUUGUUUCUUUCUUUUUCUUAUUUCUUUCUUUCUUUUUCUUAUUUGUUCCUUCCUUCAAUUAUUCAUUUCUUUCUCUUUCUUCUUUAUUUCUUUCUUUUUUUUAUUUGCUUCUUUCUUUCUUUUUCUUAUUCCUCAUUCUAUCUAUUCUAUCUAUCUAUCUAUCUAUCUAUCUAUCUAUCUAUCUAUCUAUCUAAUACUAAUGUCUCACCUCUGUUUAGUCCUUUUGUUUGAAUCCCACACUUUUCUGUCUAACUGGGGUAUGCCAGCUUUUCUAGCUGUUCACCAGCCAAUCAACCCCAGCCACCAGACUUUAGCAGAGUGGGCCUUUCAAUACAACUAUCUCAGUUUAUCCAUAACUAUCUAUCUAUCUAUCUAUCUAUCUAUCUAUCUAUCUAUCUAUCUAUCUAUCUAUCUAUCUGAGUCUCUUCAUAUCUCUCUAUUUCAGUCUCUUCAUAUCUACCUAUCUAUUUAUCUCAGUCUAUUUAUAUCUAUCUAUCUAUCUAUCUAUCUAUCUAUCUAUCUAUCUAUCUAA